ACUUGGCAGUUCGCUGUCGACCAUUGGUGUCAGCUGGUGGUUUCGUCAGAUGGUAUCGUGAAUCCUGUAAUAUCACAUCGAUCAUCGUACAGAAGAAAGAGAUUCAAGAUGAGCGGAGGAAUGCCAGAAUUGGGCUCGAAGAUUAGUUUAAUAUCGAAAGCAGAUAUUCGUUAUGAAGGCCGACUCUUUACUGUUGAUCCUCAAGAAUGUACGAUUGCUCUAGCUAAUGUACGUUCUUUUGGGACUGAGGAUAGAGAAACACAACUUCCAGUGGCACCACAGAAUCAAGUAUAUGAAUACAUUUUAUUCCGUGGUUCAGAUAUUAAAGAUAUUAGAGUUGUCAACAAUGUCAGUUCUAUUCCAAAUGAUCCAGCUAUUGUGCAGAUGACGGUACAACCGUCUAUGAGUCAGCAAUCAUACCAACCACAACCUAGUUAUGCUCAUCCAAUGAUGGGUCCAAUGGGUGGACAAUAUGGAACACCUUAUGGCAUGACAAUGGGCACCAUGGGACCUGUAAUGGGAAUGCCAACUUCUAGAGAUCCUCGUGGACCAAUAAAUAAACAGCCAAGUGAGUUGAGCUUGGGCUCUGCUGAACCCAAUGCCAUCUCUAUCCCAAACUCACUACCGACGGCCAAUGUCGACCCAUUACCAAAAGACCAAUCUCUGGAAGAUGGUGUAUUAGAUCUCAUUAGUGGAGGUUCACGAUCAACAACUCCAACUUCAUCUUUAUUGACACGGAAAAGUCCAACUAUGGAUCAAAGUAUUCAGGUAGGCCAUCAACAACAACAACAACAACAGCAGAGUGGAAAUGUUGGCAAGCUUGGUGAAAACAAUAUAAGAACUAUUCAACCUGCUCGACGUGAUCACGAUAGCCAUAGUGGUAAUAAAACAGGAGGUACUGUAUCACAAUAUAAUGAUGGAAAACGUGAUACAAUGAAACAAGAUGGUCAACUUCAAGGUCAAGGCACACAUGCUCAAGGUGGUCGCGGAAAUCGUGGAGGAUGGAUGAAUCGUGGAAAUAUGCGUGGCAGAGGAAGAGGUCGUGGUGGUUUUAGAAAUCAACCUGGUAAUGCUGGUGCCAAACCCAAGAAUACACUGAAAUUCGAUAAUGAUUAUGAUUUUGAACAAGCUAAUACUGAGUUCGAAGAAUUAAGACGAUUCCAACGUACAGACUGGAGGACAGAGCGCAAAUUGAACUCUGAAACAUUUGGUGUAGCGUCAACGAGACGCGGUGGUUUUCGUGGACGCGGUUAUUAUAAUCGUGGAAUGGGAGGCAUGUAUCGAGGUGGUGGUGCUGGUGGUUCUGGUUUCCGAGGUGGUUAUAGAGGUUCCAGAGGUGGAAAUCGUAAACCUGGUAACCAACAACAGCAAAAUAAUCCUGGCAGUCAAAAUCGCACGACCAACGAACAAUCUGCUACUCAAUCACAGCAGAAUAGUCGCGUUGUAUCUUUUUGAAUGAACAACGCACUACUAUAUAUAUAAGUAUUCACUUUAGAUUAAGAUUUUUACGAUACGUGCUCUGCCCUUAUGGACUGAUUUGAAUUCGAGUUUCAAAAAGAAAGAUUGAAAGAAAGGAAUUAAGAGAUAAAAAACAAAAAAACAAAAAAACAAAAAAAAAACAAAAAAAAAAACAAGAAAAAGUUCUUUGAGAGAACUUUAUUGUGAGUUUUUUGUAUUAUCACGCAGGAAUAUAGGAAACUAAUCAGUGCUUUGCAGAUCCUGCGUUUAGAAUUUCUGGACAAAUAAAAAUGAAUCUUAUUGCUAUAAGUAGUUAAUUUUCGAAAACUCGAUAUUCAAAACCAUCAUGUCCUACAAAUUAAGGAAUCGUCAAAUGCUUCUGAAUGUAAUUAAGUACAAUACACGCCGGACGGUAGAAACAAACGUAUAUUUGCAAACAAACAUAUAUGAAAAACCAAGUUUUAAAUUUUCAGUUGAGCUUUUGUUUGUAUACUAUUAAUUAAUUCGACAAGCAUGCAACUCCGAUUAAGUGAAAGAGAAUCUCAAGGAAAUUUUUGUAACACAACGUAAAAGAAUAGAACGUGAAGAUGGAAAAAAAAAAAACAAGAAAAAAUGACUAAAUAAUUUUUCGCGUUGCAUGUGUUAUGAUUUUGUGGAAUCGAGAAAUAAAGCAGUAAUUAUUCUUUUCUCGUGAAUAAAAAUCGAACAAAGAAAAAUUAGAAAAACAGAAAUAAUAAAACAUGCGUAAAUCGCAAAAUAGAGUAGGACAAUAUUAUGGUUAUUUGGAACAGUCAAAACUUUAUUUAUUUAUGAUGACCGUGUAUGCGAAUUAAGCUGAAAUAAUUAUUUUACUCACGUAUUUACCAGGGGGUUUUGAUUUUCGAACAGGAACGUUAAAUUGUUCCUUAUAUAAAGAAAAAAAAGAUAAAAAAAAAUAAAAAAAAAAAGAAUUGAUUUUGUAUGAUUCAUAGAGAUACGCGUGCGCACGCAAGGCCGAAUCGUACAUCGAUUGUAUUGACUAUUAAUUUUUGAAAUAUUGAACGUGGUAUGCUAGUGAAAGAGAAAAUGGGAGUGCGAAUGCCUUCUUGUAGUUCGACUGCGUUUAAUAUCUUCGAGUCUCGAAGAAAUCGUUUGAUGUACGAGAACGUUGUGCGCCGAUCGCGAGUAGCGUUGCGAGAGUAAGACUCUAAAAGCAUGAUAAUGUCCUUAAAAAUAUAAGACGUAAAAAAGAAAGGCAGAAUAAGUAUAUUAUUUGCGACUGUUAUUUUCUUAUGGCUCGUAUGGAGUCCCAAACGUAUACAGAUAUAUACAUACAUAACAUGAGAUUUAGUUGCAUAUAAAUUGAAAACCUCCAUAAGCUAUCAGUAAAGUUGCAAAGUAAGGUAAAACUACAAAAAAAAAAAGUAUAAAUCAUAUAUGAAUAAAGAUAAGUAAAAUAGAAAGGAAUAUGGGGAAAGAAGAAAUAUAACUUUUAAGUUUUAUGCAUUACUCGUGUAAAGAAAUGCACGGUAUAUGUGGUUUUCCGAUGAUGAAUUUUUGUUUUGUACAGCGGAUAUUGUGAUUCCCAAUGCUGAAUAAUACUGAAGUAAUAAAAUAAUGUUUGUUGUA